AUGUCAGUGCAGGCCAGCGGCUCACGCGCCGACCCUGUGCUCCAGGCGGUGUGUCUGUCGUUCAUGUCAGUGAAGGGUGGAUGGUGUGGACAAGCAGCGCCUCUCUGGAGCCCCGACUUCAACAACCCCGAGACGGAGGCGUACCAGCAGCUGGCCUGGGAUGCCCGGCGAGCGAUUAACUCGGCCAUGACGCAAACGACCAUGAAGGACAUCUACAUGGGGAACGAGAUAAACUCGUUCUACUCGCUGGGCGGCCGUCUGAUCCUAAACACGACGGUCAGCCUGCUGGACACGGCGCAGACGCGCCGGCGUGAGGUGAAGAACGAGCUGCAGCGUCAGAUGAUCCGAGUCAUCAAGGCCAAGGACAACAAUAUCGGCGACUCGACCCUGUUCGUCGAGGGACCGCUUAACCCUAUACCGGGAAUCCAAGAUUUGAAUGAAUGUAGCGGCCCGGGUCUCCACGACUGUGACGAGAAUGCCGUAUGCAGUAAUGUGUUUGGUAGCUUUCUCUGCCGCUGCCAGCCGGGAUACGACGAUAGGUACCGAAGCGACGUGGCGCGGGCGGGCCGCCACUGCGAGUCCUGCUCAGAGGACUUCUGCGGCGGCCACGGCACCUGCCAGAUCAACGACGGACAAAAGUCCUGCCUAUGUCGCGGCUCAUACUACGGGGCGCGCUGUGACAUUGACGGCGAGGUGCUGGGCGCGGCGCUGGGUGCCACGGCCGCCGCCGCUCUCGUCAUCAUAGCCACCUUCAUCGGGCUCUGCAAGUGGAGCAAACGCUGGCACAAGGGCCAGAGCGACGGCAAGGCGGAGGUGGGCUCGCUGGCCGUGCCGGGUGGCUUCGGCUACGGGAAGCCGGGCGGCGGCCUGGGGCCGGCGGGCUUCCCGCCCGUCAGGGAGGACAGACUGCGCUGGGCCCGGCUGGCUGACACCAUGGCUCAGCAGAACAUCUACGCGCCGGAGCCGAUGUUCGGCGGUCCACCCCACUCCCAGCUGCCGCCGUACGGCGCCCAGGCCGGCCUUGGAGCAGGCACGCUGAGGGACGGGCCCGCCAGCCUCGGUAUGGCAGGCGGUCGUCCGGUGUUCGUGGCGCCAGUGCGCCGCUCGGUGACGCCGGUGACGCUGCCGGAGCGGCCGGCUCUCAGACUGGGUGAGAGGAACGACAGCAGGAGGCUGGCCUGGGAAGGUAUGACGCAGGCGUCGCAGCUGGAAGUGUGCAUCUCCCGCGACACUGUUCUCGUCCGGCAGAACCAGAGCCUGGUGUAUUACGACAUACACGACUUUGAGCAGCGGGACAUGGGUCGCGGCACGACGCGGGGACAGCCGCCAGCGCCGCUCUCCACCUACAGCAGCCGAACCAGCAACUACUUCAGCUUUCUCUGCCGCUGCCAGCCGGGAUACGACGAUAGGUACCGAAGCGACGUGGCGCGGGCGGGCCGCCACUGCGAGUCCUGCUCAGAGGACUUCUGCGGCGGCCACGGCACCUGCCAGAUCAACGACGGACAAAAGUCCUGCCUAUGUCGCGGCUCAUACUACGGGGCGCGCUGUGACAUUGACGGCGAGGUGCUGGGCGCGGCGCUGGGUGCCACGGCCGCCGCCGCUCUCGUCAUCAUAGCCACCUUCAUCGGGCUCUGCAAGUGGAGCAAACGCUGGCACAAGGGCCAGAGCGACGGCAAGGCGGAGGUGGGCUCGCUGGCCGUGCCGGGUGGCUUCGGCUACGGGAAGCCGGGCGGCGGCCUGGGGCCGGCGGGCUUCCCGCCCGUCAGGGAGGACAGACUGCGCUGGGCCCGGCUGGCUGACACCAUGGCUCAGCAGAACAUCUACGCGCCGGAGCCGAUGUUCGGCGGUCCACCCCACUCCCAGCUGCCGCCGUACGGCGCCCAGGCCGGCCUUGGAGCAGGCACGCUGAGGGACGGGCCCGCCAGCCUCGGUAUGGCAGGCGGUCGUCCGGUGUUCGUGGCGCCAGUGCGCCGCUCGGUGACGCCGGUGACGCUGCCGGAGCGGCCGGCCUGGAAGUGUGCAUCUCCCGCCGACACUGUUCUCGUCCGGCAGAACCAGAGCCUGGUGUAUUACGACAUACACGACUUUGAGCAGCGGGACAUGGGUCGCGGCACGACGCGGGGACAGCCGCCAGCGCCGCUCUCCACCUACAGCAGCCGAACCAGCAACUACUUCAGGUAG